AUGAAGCGCCUGGAGAUCGAGGUUCGCCGCCUGUUGGAAAUGUACAAGAAGAAACAGCGCGAGAACGAGAUCUUGCAAUUCCAGGUCUCGUGCCUCAUCGGCAACGCGAAGGUCGAGGACUUUUACAAGGUGUUCCCACCCAUGUACGUGCUCUUCUCCUUGAAGUCAGGGAAAUUUGUACUAAUUCUCCACAGCUUCGACGUGGCGUCCCUGUACCAGACGCCCGAGAGCCUGGGCAAGGACCUCGACCAGCUGAUGGCAACCUACGAGGACCCUGAGGCUGGUAACAAAGAGGAGCGCCAGGCCCUCUUUGAGCACGCCGUCAAGGCGCUCCGGCGUGACCGGGCUAAUCAGGCCGCGGCUCGUCUGGUGCUUGCGGCUGUCAAGGCUGAGGUAGAAGGUGUCGAGAUCGGGCAGUCCGACGUUGAGGCUGUCCUACUUGGUAUGGUUGACCUCUCACUGAAGGCUCCUAAGAAGGAAGAUGGCGAGGGGGCUGAGGGUUCUACUUGA